AACAUCCAUCUAUGCAAACUGGUUUCCAGGCAAGCACAAGCCCAGGAAUCAUACCAUGAUAAAAGCCGAGAACUUCCUGAAGAAGGAAAACACCCAGACAGCAGUUUAUACAGCAAGGGCCCAUCAUACUCUGGUUAUUCGGGGUAUAUCAUGAUGCCAAAUAUGAAUAACGACCCAUACAUGUCUAAUGGAUCUCUGUCGCCACCCAUCCCUAGAACAUCAAACAAGGUGCCAGUGGUGCAGCCUUCCCAUGCGGUUCACCCUCUCACCCCACUUAUCACCUACAGCGACGAGCACUUUUCCCCAGGGUCACACCCUUCGCACAUGCCUUCAGACGUCAACUCAAAGCAAGGCAUGUCUAGACAUCCUCCGGCUCCUGAUAUCCCAACCUUUUAUCCAUUGUCUCCAGGUGGUGUUGGACAGAUAACACCACCACUUGGCUGGCAAGGUCAGCCUGUAUAUCCCAUCUCGAGUGGAUUUAGGCAGCCCUACCCAUCCUCACUCUCAGUCGACCCUUCCAUGUCCAGGUUUUCACAUCAUAUGAUUCCUGGACCUCCAGGCCCUCACACAACUGGAAUCCCUCAUCCAGCUAUUGUAACACCUCAAGUCAAACAAGAACAUCCGCACAAUGACAGCGAACUAAUGCAUGUGAAGCCUCAGCAUGAACAGAGAAAAGAGCAAGAGCCAAAAAGACCUCACAUUAAGAAACCUCUGAAUGCUUUCAUGUUGUAUAUGAAAGAAAUGAGAGCAAAUGUUGUAGCGGAGUGUACUCUGAAAGAGAGCGCAGCUAUCAACCAGAUUCUUGGCAGAAGGUGGCACGCUCUCUCCCGUGAAGAACAAGCUAAAUAUUAUGAACUAGCUCGUAAAGAAAGGCAGCUACACAUGCAGCUUUAUCCAGGCUGGUCUGCAAGAGACAACUAUGGGAAGAAAAAGAAGAGGAAGAGAGAAAAGCUACAGGAGUCAGCAUCAGGUGGGAAAAGAAAUACUUUCUCGACAUGCAAAACCAAGGCAGCGACACCAGGGCCCCUUCUGGAGAUGGAAGCUUGUUAAAACCCCAGGUGUGUCCUUCAUCCAUGCAGACCACCCCCCCAUGGAGUCUGUCUAGGAUGUCACUGCUAGAGACACUGAACCAUAAAGACAAUCACUGCCAAAACCCUUCACUAUCACAAGAUUCCCAACCCUGAUAUAAAGAGAUCAAAUGAGCAUUUCAGAACUCCUGGGUCAGCAGAACAGCUUUUGUCUUCACUCCAUCUCCACUUUGCACUCCUAAGCCCAUGUCUCAUCAGCGUCCACAUUGAGUCGGCAGCAAAGUAGUUUGGCUGCGUCUGCCUGCUUCAGCCAACUGAAUAAUGUAGACCAACAGCUACCCCCUCUCCUCCCCCCCCCGGCCCCAGCACGCUGAGGAAUGGAACUCGUCUGGUCAAGGGAGACCCACUCACACUUCUUUUUAUUUAAUGGUGAGACAGGAUCAAUUUUGGUUUUAGCUUUUUUAAGAAACUUGAAUGCUUUUAUAUUUUAACUUUUAGUUUUUCAUUUCCUUGGUGUAUAUUUUACUAGCUGCAAGCUUUUAAAGAAGCUUCAAAGAUCUGAGAUUCUUUUUAAAUAAAAAGAAGUCCUUUUUUUUUCUGCCAGAGGAAAAGCCUGUAUGGAACGGGUGGCUUUUUCAUUAAACUAUUUGUAACAAA